AUGAAAUUGACUCAAAUUGCUUCACUCGCUUUAAUUGCUUUAUCAGCCAAUGCUGCUUCCGUUUCAAACAACAAUGAAUAUACUUCAUUAGUUACCAGACAAGAUGAAGCUGACCAAUUAUUAGUUCAAACUCCAAAAGCCAUUUCUGCUGCUUUAGAAGGAUUACCAUCAGAUGUUUCAUAUGAUGUAGGUGCUGUUGUUUCAAACAUCUAUCAAAAAUUAGCUACUACUGGUCCAGUUGAAAAAAGAAGUUUAAUCAUCAUUCAAACUGUUAUUAAAAUUGUUUGUGGUCUUGCUCAAACUAUCUUAAUUAAAAAAGAAAUCUUUUUCAAAUCUUUAGGUACUAUUUUAUGUAACAUCUUCAAAGCCUUAGCAUGUACCAAAGAAGCUAUCGUUAAUUCAUUAGCUGCUAUUAUUAUUGGUAUUUGUGAAGCAUUACAAGUCAAAUUUGCAUUCGUUGGUGACAUAGUUAAAACUGUUUGUCAAGCAUUCCAAAUUAAAAUUGAAAUUGCUGAACAAAUCAUUCAAGAAAUUGAAGGUACUUUAAAUGGUACUUGUGGUCAAUGUCAAAUUAUCCAAUAA